AUGGGUGCAAGAAAGGAUAUAAUAAGUGAGCUUCCAGACGAUGUAAAGGACAAGAUUUUAGAGUGUUUGCCCAUUCGAGAAGCUGCCAGAACUGCUCUACUCUCCACUCACUGGAAACAUGUUUGGCUGCGCCAUGGACGGCUUGUGUUCGUUAUUGACUUCUUGGAAUGUCUCAGAAAACGUGAGGGUGAUAAACCCGUGGAGCUCCUCAACAUUGUAAACCACAUUCUCUUGCACCGUGCUGCUCCGGUUAAGAAAUUUACUCUCUGCAUUUCUUGCCCGGAAUUGGAAGCUCCUAAGCCACAGCAGCAUUGGUGCCGUUAUCUAUCAAGAAAUGGCAUUGAAGAGCUUAAUAUCACUAUAUCUGAAAAACAAUAUAAGCUGUCGUCUUGUAUAAUCCCGUGCCGAACAUUUAAGCAAUUGAAACCCGGGCAUGAUCGCCUUACGUUCGAUUACGAAUUCGUGAAAAGUUUCCAACACUCCCAAUAUGAUGAAGGUAGAACCCUCGUGAACAUAAUCAAUAAUAUCAUCUUUUCCCGUGCUGGGCCGGUUAAGAAAUUUACUCUACAAAUAGACACUGCAUAUAAUCCUUCGGCGUGGCCGCAGCAAUAUGAUUUUGAUAGGUGGUGCCUUUUUCUGUCAAGAAAUGGUGUGGAGGAACUUAACUUAACUUUAUAUAGUGAUCUAGGGCCAGAUUAUCAGCUGCCAUUUUGUUUACUCUCUUGCAAGACAAUUAAGCAACUAAUAGUUCAGACUCUCUUAAUUGAUUUGCCUGUAAAUGCUGUUGGUAUAUUUUCCAAUGUCACUUCAUUAGCUUUCUUUAAUAUUAAAUUUAAGCGCAGUGUUAAUGGAAUUGCCUCUAGUAUUAGUAUUCCUAAACUUGAGAAGCUGGCUUUCGAACUUUGUCGAAGGAUCAAUAAAUUUGAGAUCAUCAGCCCUCCAAAGCUUGAAAUCUUCUAUGUUUUUCAUUCGUUUGGAGGUGUGGUUGAGUCCAGAUGGCUGGCACCACAUUUGAAAGCCAUUAAGACUCUUUGGUUGUGUGGCUCUUCAUUGCGGUAUAUCGAUGUAUCUAUGUUUCCAACUGCAAUAAAUCUGCAAGUGAUGAAGCUGUAUAAAUUAAGCUUUGGUUGUAGGAAGCAGCUCACCGUUGCUAUGCAAUUGCUUCAAAAAUGCCCCUACCUAUGUGAACUAGGAAUGAUGGUGGAGGAGGAGGGGUUGAGUAUAGAAUUGAAGAUGCUUAACACAAUCAAGAUUGAAUCAUUCCGUGAAUCCGCACUCAUAAUGCUUUUUAUGAAAAUGCUGCUCUCGAAAUCCCCUGCGCUAGAGAGAGUUGUUAUUCUGAAGCAUUGGGAUAUGAAUGACCCUGAGAUGAGCAAAAUCCUAAGGAAGUUGGAAUGCUUCCCUCAUGCAUCUCCAAAUGCGCAAAUAGUCUGCAUGGGCAAUUACUAG